AUGGUUGGUCGCCGGAUGUCGGCUGGACCACCGGUGGACAGCCGACGUGUCACUGGAGGCCGCCGGACUAGUGGUUGGUCACCGAAGGCCGGCCAGAAGGCCGGUGGCCAGUCGCCAGAGGUUGACCGAACCGUCGAUAGACCAAUGGCUGGUGUGGAGAGAUGGCGGACUGAAACACACACAUUCCACCUUACAUGCGGUGAGACAACAAUCACGUUGAAAGAUGUGGCACUAUUACUUGGCUUACCGAUUAACGGCCACAAAGUCAUCGGGCAGACUUCCGUCUUAGGAAGUGCUGUCUGUGCAGAGUUGCUCGGAGUGGUCCCACCGGCGGAGCAAAGGAAAGGUCAGAGUAUAACUCUAAUGUGGCUUAAGGAAACAUUUGGCAUGCUGUCAUACGAUGCAGGUCAACGACAGAUAGAAUGUUAUGCACGUGCCUAUAUCCUAAGGCUUAUCGGUUGUGUCCUCAUGCCAUAUAUGUCUCAGAACAGGGUUCAUCUGAAGUGGUUACCACUUCUGAGGGAUUUUACAGAAGCAGGAAGAUAUAGUUGGAGUUCAGCAUGUCUAGCAACCCUGUACAGGAUUUCAAGUAUAUCCCCUCAAACCCGUGCUAUCGUAUCCUUUCCUCUGGCUCGUAGGUGGGCGCACAUUGAAGUGGAUGAUGAUAACCGUAGCAACAAGCACAAUGUGAAGAUUUAUAGGCAGCUACUAGAUUGGUUGGAGAUGCAACAAUUUAUAUGGCGGCCUUAUGAUUCGAACGAGAUAAUCACACAAGUGCCACAUGACAUUUUCGCAGACAGACCUUUAUGGAUUGCAUUUACAUCAUUGAUUUGCUUCGAAGUUGUUGAGUGGCACCAAACAGAUCGAGUGACAAGACAAUUUGGCUUCGCCUAA